AUGCCCCCCUCCGUCCCACCCCCCUCCCUCCGCAAGGCCUUCCACUUCACAGACCUGGGCACCCGCAAGCCCACCCGGCCCACAGACCCCUACGAGUACCAGGCCGGCUUCGGAAACACCUUCUCCUCAGAAGUCAUCCCCGGCACUCUCCCCGCGGCCAUCAACAACCCCCGCCGCACCCGCUUCGGCCUGUACACCGAAGGCCUCACGGACUCGGCCUUUGUUGCGCCGCGGGACGCCAACUUCAGCACGUUCAUGUACCGCGCGCGGCCGGCCAUGGCUCACGACGGCUACCGAGACUCCUUCACGCACAAGUCCAACCUGGAAAACUGCUUCCUCCCCCUCAACGCCAAAGUGCAACCGCUGACCGGCGAAACCGACUUCGACCCCUUCCCCAUCCCCGAAACCGACACCGACUUCAUCGACGGCCUGCACACGCUCCUGGGCAGCGGCGACCCGAAUCUCCGCCAGGGCCUCGCGCAGCACGUCUACGCGAUCAACACCGACAUGGACCACCGCGCCCUCUGCAACAGCGACGGGCAGACCCUAAUUACACCGCAGCUUGGAACACUGGACAUCCAAACCGAGCUGGGCAUGUUGUACGUUGAGCCUGGUGAAUUCGUCGUUAUCCCGCGCGGGAUCCGGUUUGCGGUGCGGUUGGCCGCUGGAAACGGCGAUGGCUCUGCAGGUGCAGGUGCAGGUGCAGGCGCAGGCACAGGCGCCCGCGGCUUCGUCACCGAGAUCUGGGGCUCGAGCUGGAGACUUCCGGACUUGGGACCCCUGGGCGGGCAUGCCCUCGCUGAACCGAGCGACUUUCUGUAUCCGGUUGCGUGCAUCGAUGGUCUUGACGCUUUGCAUGAGCGCUGGACGAUCGUUACAAAAGCGGACGGGCGGUAUAUGGCAUUCGAGCAGGACCACAGCCCGUUUGAUGUCGUUGCGUGGCGCGGGAAUGUUGUUCCUUAUAAGUACGACCUCACAAAAUUCGCCCCCGCGCACUCCACCUCCGUCGACCACAUCGACCCCUCCGUCAACACCGUGCUGACCGCGCCCUCGUCCGACCCCCACACCCCGCUCGCCGACUUCCUGCGCUUCGGGCCGCGCUGGGACGCAACGAGCAAUACGUUCCGGCCGCCGUACUUCCACCGCAAUGCGGCGUCUGAGUUUGUGGGGUAUAUCUAUGCGCCGGGGCAUGGGCAUGGGGGUAGGGCGAUGCAUGCGGGCGGGUCGGCGAAGGUUAUUGUGAGUCAUACGCCGCAUGGGUUUGAGGCUGGUGCUGUGAGGGCUGAGAUGGGGGUUGGUUUGGAGGAUGAGGCAGGGGCGAAGGAGGAGAGGGAGGGGGAGGGGCCGAGGAAGAUACUGCAGGGUGAGUCUGCCUGCCUAAGCUUUGUACCGGGCGUUGUUGUUGCUCUGGUGGAUGCUAAUGUGGCUGCAGAGACGCUGAUGGUGAUGGUCGAGACGAGCCGGUCGCUCCUGGGCACGGAGUACGCGGUUGAGCGGGCGGGCGUGCUGAAGAGGGACUUUGCGAUGAAUACGCGGGCACGGGAUAUUCUGAAGGAUAACUUCUCGGCGUACCCGAAUAUCGAGAAUAUUCUUGCUCGCGCUAAGGCCGACAGGGAGGGUAGGCGGCGGCAGGUGGAGAGGUUCUUUGAUGAUGAGGCGCUGCAGGGGAUUGCUGGGCUGGAGUAA